AUGAAUUGCAGGAUUGUUGAAAGUUCAGAAGUUGAAACGGAUGAGAUUAAUUUUGAUAAACUAAAUAUGCCUCCUGAUCAUCCUGCUCGUGGCAUUCAUGGCACUUUUUAUUUGAAUAAUAAUUUGUUGCUUCAUACUUGUACUUCCAACUCUCAAGAUGAAGAUGAUGCCACUCAUACUCAUCAAUUUACACAAAUAGAAGGUUUUGUGGUCAGUUACAAUAUUUCUUUUAGCCAUUUAAAAGGCACAUUAAACUUAGUCUUCAAAGAGUUGUUUGGAAAAAUGCAUCCACUUCGUUUCCGUUCCUCUUAUUUUCCCUUUACUGAGCCAAGCAUAGAGAUAUUUGGAGCUGGUUUAAUUCACCCCCAAGUUUUAAAAAGUUGUGGCUUCGAUGAUCAAAAAUUUACUGAUAUUUUGCCUUUGGGAUUAGGAAUAGAAAGAUUACUGAUGAUUAAAUACGGAAUUGAAGGCAUUCGCCAUUUUUAUGUUAAAUGA